UUAUAUCGCUCCAACUAGUGAAACGCGAGAUCAUCUUCCCCAAAUUUUCUCCACGUCACCGAUAUUAAUUUUUUUAAUUUUAUUCCUGCUCAUAACAAUCAAUGAGUAGAGGGUCAACUUCUGCAUUUGGAUUCGGUCUGGAUCAGCCAGUCAUUUUUAAAUUCCAUUUUCUUAUUAACAAAAAAUCUGAGGCAGUACGAACUACGAAUUGAAACAUUAAUUUUUAAAUGGCUACAUUAACUUCUAACUUAAUCUCAAUCUUCCCCUCCAUAAAUCCAAUUUUGACCUUCCUCCUCCUCUCUCCGAUCCUCGCUCGGAUUCGCCGGAGACGGCAUUCUGUUGUCAUCUCCAUCUGACAUUAAGAUGUCAGUCGCAGUCGAAAUGUCGGAAACCACCGUCGAACGAGACAACGACGCCGAACCGUUGCUUGAUUCUAUAGAUCGAAAGGAGGAUCUGCUGACAACCUCUGUCGAGGAAGAUUCUAGUUCAUCUAAUAAAAUUGGCCCUCAUGGGAACAAAUAUUCUAUUAGUUCAGUCAGAUGCUUUGGGGUGGACCUAACCCCAGAUAACAUUGCAAUUGCCCUGGUAUAUUUUGUUCAAGGUAUCUUAGGCCUUUCAGAUCUUGCUGUUAGCUUUUAUUUGAAGGACAACCUGCACCUAGACCCUGCAGAGGUAUGUCAUCCUCAUCUUGAAUACUUUGUUACAUUGUUGGUUGAGCUUCCACAAUAUAAUAAAAGAAUUUUCAGCAGAUAAAUCUUCAUAUUUCAUCCAAAAUUGCACAUUCGAGUUGGAAAACUAAUUACAUAGCUUGAAUUGACCAAUGGACUUUGAAUUUAGGGUACAUUCUGAGUAUGUUAUUCGAAAUACAAGCUUAUUGAAAUGAAAUCUUCACUUUCCUUGGUUCAUCUUAUAAGUACCGUUCAUUCUGAAGGAUUGCGUAUAGGUGUUCGUAACACGCAGCGGAAGACAAUAACAAUCCUAGACAGAUCUUUUCGUGUUUAAAAAUUUAUUUA